AUGCAUUCUUCCAUUAUACUUCUGGUUAUCUUGUUUGGCUUGCUGACCCAGGCGAACACAAUACCUGUUAAAAAUUCGACUGGUGUGCACGAGGGGAAAGUGAGGUUGAAAAGGAAAUUCUCUGAGGAAAAUAUAGAGCAUGAUGAAAUGACCACAAUGGAUCAAAUCCUGGAGGUCAAUCGCAAGAUACGAGCCCCAAGAGGAAUGUCAAUAAGGGACGGCGAUAUUGCUGUUUCUCAUGUAAGGAGUGCCAUAACCUGCCCCGGCAACACCUGUCUGUGGCCUAAAUCUGUAGAUGGAUUUGUCUAUGUACCCUACAUCAUCUCUCCACUGUAUGACGACAUGGACAGAAUCACCAUAGAAACUGGAAUGCAAGACAUUUCCGCUGGAACAUGCGUUAAAUUUGUUCCCCGCACUCACGAAGGCAACUUCCUUGACGUUCAGCCUAGAUAUGGCUGCUGGUCAUUUCUGGGGCAGACUGGGGGAAGUCAGACCCUGUCACUGCAGACUCCUGGGUGCAUGUGGUCGGGAAUCGCUGCUCAUGAAUUCAUGCAUGCUCUCGGCUUCGUACACGAGCAAUCCCGAUCAGACCGUGACAACUAUGUCACAAUUAUAUGGAAAAACAUCAUGCCAGAGCACAUACAUAACUUCAGGAAACAGGUGACAAACAAUCUCAACAGCCCAUAUGACUACAGCUCUGUCAUGCAUUAUGGACGAUAUGCCUUCUCUGAAGAUGGCGGACCAACAAUAAUCCCUAAACCAGAUCCCUAUAUCCCCAUCGGCCAGCGAGAUGGUCCUAGCGUAAUGGAUCUUCAUAAAAUAAAUAUCCUCUAUAACUGCGCUACCGAUGACUAACUGGAUCCAGAAACCUCUGCUGUAAUGUCCUGCCAGAUGUCACAAAUAGUUUAUUACAACUUCUCAGCUUGAGAUGAUAAUCUGGGCGACAGUGGUUUAACCUGAGUCUAUAGCAAUGUAUAUUUUAUUUUCACUGUCUAGUCUGCACU